GAGACCAAACACCACACAUAUACAAAACGCUUUGUGUUAUCCAAAACGGUGAGUUUCUUUUGUUAGAUUUACUCUAUGAGCAUGCAGUCUUCAAAUCCAAAUGCUCAUGGCAAGUCGGGUCAGCCUGGAACCGAGCAAGAAUGGUCAACUGGCUUCUGCGAUUGCUGCUCCGACGUCCCAAACUGUUGCCUUACGUGCUGGUGCCCGUGUAUUACGUUUGGACGAAUAGCUGAAAUCGUCGAUCGAGGAUCAACAUCUUGCGGAACCACUGGAGCUCUAUAUAUUAUAAUCGGUGUUUUGACGGGGUGUGCAUGCUUGUAUUCUUGCUGCUAUCGUACCAAGUUGAGAGAGCAGUAUAAGAUUAAAGGAAAUGAUUGUCAAGAUUGUUUGGCUCAUUUCUUUUGCGAGUUAUGUGCUCUCACCCAACAGUAUCGUGAACUUCAAAAUCGAGGAUAUAACAUGUCAAUUGGGUGGAACGCAAAUGUGGAGCAACAGAGUCGUGGGGUGGCAAUGACUAGGCCCCCGGUGGUGGAAGGUGGAAUGACCAAAUAAAUACGGAUUAAUUGCCUAGUAGAAUUUCUGUUUGUUUCUUUUAAUUUUAAGAUUUUUGUGUUGUUGAAUUUAUGUUAUUGAAAAUAUUGCCUUCUUCUGUGAAAAUAAAGGUCUGUAAGAUGAAAUUUGAAUGAGAUUUGAUUAAUAAAUAAUUUCUCAAGUGCUCCAUUAUUAUGUUAA